CGACCAACAUAUCAGACUGGCCCUUUUUUUUUCGUGCAGCGUAACGUGGUUGAAACUCAGCGCAAAUUGUUUCCGCCCACUGUAAUGAGUGUGGACUCGCGCACGCUAUUGAUUUUGGCUUUUUUCUUUUUGCUGGCUUCUGCAUUUUCUUCCCCUUUCCUUUCCUUUUUGUUGAAUAUAAAGAGCACUUCCUGAUAAUAGGUGGCAAAGUAUAAAACCCAAUGACAGCCUAUAUCAGUACCCAACAUACACGUGGUCAGAUACAGCACCACUCAUUGUACGACGAUGAAAUGGACGAUUACCAUCAUUACGGAGCCGACGACGAUGGUUAUUACGAUGAAGAGAUGGAAGAGGUUGAUGAUGAAGAUGAUGACGAAAGUGCCUCCGUCCUGAGUGUCCCUGACCCUAAUAUCGAUUUCGACUUGGUAUAUGCUCUUCAUACUUUUGCAGCAACCGUCGAAGGCCAAGCGUCUGUUGUCAAAGGCGAUGCAUUAACCUUAUUAGACGACACAAACUCGUAUUGGUGGCUCGUCAAAGUGUUAAAGACUGCGGAAGUAGGCUAUAUUCCUGCAGAAAAUAUCGAGACGCCUUAUGAGCGAUUGGCUCGUUUAAACUCACAUCGUAAUAUCGAGCUUACGCGACGUGAUAUUCAGGACGCAUUUCCUGUGCCGCCGUCAACGAAACUCUCCAACUCGAAAAAAGUGACGAUGGAUAAAAAUGUUCAGUUCCAGGCUCAAGUCAUCAUUGGAUCGAGUGACGAUGAAGAUUUUGAAGAAGAAUAUGAAGAGUGGAAUGAAAAUAUGGCAUCAUCCGACAGUGAUGGUGACAGUUCUUCGGAUGAUGAUUAUGAAUAUUACGAUAAACAACAAAUCUAUGCAGAUGAUCAGAGCAACAUUCAUCCUUAUGAAGCGCAAAUGCAGGCGUCUACUCACCCGCUGCAAAAAUUAAUGGCAAACGGUCCAUCACAGCCCACCACGGGCAACGGCGGUCGUCGUCCAAGCAAUGGGUCGAUUCAGUCCGGUCAAAACAACCAACGUUCCGUUCCUUUCAGAGACACUCUCGACCUUGAACAGUCGGAAACGAUUAAAAUAUCCCUAACACCGACGAUUGCACGCGAUGAUGAAGGCUAUGCUUUUCACGAUCCGACAAAGAAAGCAAACAAGCUGGAGAAAUUGAUCGCUGGAAACGACGAUCCAUUGCAGCAACGACGCAAUUCCAAAGAUAAAGAAAAGGAAAAGAAGGAAAAAACGGGUAUCCGCAAGUUCUUCUCAAGAAACAGCAAAGAUGGAAAAGAUAAGAAGGCCAAGAAAGGCGGCGAUCGUGUUUCUAUAACAGAUAGCAUGUCCGAAACGGCGUCGCUGAGUUCCCAGUCCACCGGUUAUUCAGAGCGCGAACGCACCGGCAGCGUGGAUUCGACGCAGCAACACUUGUAUGGACAUCGUGCACCAAACUCCCAGCAACCGCAGUAUAAUGGCCAUGGAAAUCUUCAACAGGCCUCACCGUAUACAGCGCAACGAGUAUCGCAUCAACAAGCGUCUCCACCGGUUCACGGUGCACAAGACAUCAAGUCGCAGCAGUACCAAGAGAGAUUGUCCAUCCCCGAUUCCCCCUUAUCAGCACAACAAUCGUCACCAUCAUCUUUGUCCACUUCUACACACUUGCAGCAGCCAUCCGUGGAACCGACUCAACCUUUUCUUUUGAAAAUUUACGCUGGUAAUGUUAAUUUUGGAGAACUUUUCAAAACGGUACCUGCCUAUCCUUCCACCACAGCUAUGGAACUCGUUCAACAGAUGGUUGAUGAUCUGGAUCGGGAAAUACGGUCGCCGACGGCGGAUGCAUCAUUAGAAUAUUAUCUAUCCGUAAAGGGUGUAGACGGUGACAUGUACACACUGGUUCCUUCAGACAAACCGCUCACUAUCUAUCACUCACUGACGGCGCAUUUGAAUACUCCCAUGCCGUCUUUGAAGAAAGCUCGGCGUAUUUCUCAAUUAAUGUCAACGACAGAAAAUGCGCAUAUGGGUGGGCCCAAAGAGGGUCAAGACGUGGAACAAGUUCAAUUCUACCUGUAUACCAAAACAAGAAGAUCCGAAGAAGGUCACUUGUAUAUUAAAGCUACCUUAUUCGCAUCGGAAGUCAUUGGCCAAACGAGCAUGCUAAAGCAGGAUCAGUCUCGCAUUGAUAAAGUCGUGUCGAUUCCGCAAUAUGCGACGGUGGGCGAUACGACGGCUUUACUGCUGGAAAAGUUCCACGUACUCAAUGGUGUCGUGGAUGGUUGCGAUAUGGUGGAUAAAAUCAAAUCUUUGCGAUUGCAACAGGCAGAAAACCACGCUGUAAAGUAUCGUCUCGCGGCCAGUGUACGCGGUCAAGAAUUUGCUUUGACGCCUGAUGAAAAGCUGAUUAAUGUGUUUGGUGAAAACACGCCUUCUGUUCAUUACCGACGAAGUAGCAAUCCUGAUCGAUCAUCCGUCACGUCUCUCUCCUCGACUACGGUGCCUCCUCAAGCCGACGAGACAUUCUUUAUUUUGAGACGGUUAGCGACUGUCUCACCUACCACAGCUUCUGCAUUGGAAGGUCAAUCACAGACAUAUCCUUCACGUCAGCGGCAUCAUCCAAAAGCGCAUCAUGCGCCAGUCAGGAAGGAUACACCAAUGCCGCACAAAGUGGAAUGGGAACAAGAGUCGAAUGAGCCUUUGCCGAAUCAAAUGGAUCCUCUGGAGGAUAGAAGUCUGGUUCGUGAAACGAUGGAAAGUCCGCAAGAUAUUCUACGGAUGGACUCGCCUCAAACUCUAUUCGAGGAACCUCAGCCGCUGGGCCCUGCUGAGGAUCAUGCGACGGAUGAAGACAACGAGGAUGAUCAUGACGACGUAUUGCUGAAACUGGAUCAAGCUCUGGAUAAUCUGGCGCAAACACGCGACAGCAAUGAAAACCUUACCGAGGCGAUCACUGGAGCUUACAGAACCCAAGGCGACAAUUCAUCGAUAUCUUCAUCCCCUGUACCUGGCCAAUUCACGGAGUCCAAAGAGAAACAGGGCCACCGUCGCAGUGUGAUGGAUUCCAUGCUAUUUUGCCAAGACUUUGGUAUGGAUGAACUGAUGGUGCUUAUCCGUGGAGCGGCUCGAUAUGCCGAAAAGCAACAAGAAGAAGCUGAAGAACAAAAACGGGCAUCUUUGAAACGUAGUUCCAUGGCGCCUUCGCUUCGAAGCGAAAUCAUGGAAAUUUUCAAGGAAGAUCAAAUGCGGUUAGACCAGUUAGACAAGGAAUUGGACCGUUUGAUGGCAGAUACCAUGCGAAUUUACUGCUAAAAGAAAAAAUGCAAGGCUAUACCCGAGAUUCUAUCUAACGUUUUCUAUUCUAUACACCAUUUUCCUUUUUUUUAUCCUCCUAUUUAUUAUUGCUUAUAUAUCAUCUAUUUUUGUUAUCCAGUGUUUCUCUGUCUUUUGUCCAGUCAGAUACCCAUCAGGAAAAAGAAAAGAAAAGAAAAGAAAA